GCAAAAACCAACCACGAUUCUUCCGGACUUCCCGGCGCAGAUACUAAAGACGAUGAAAGGCAGAUGAAGAAGGGAUUUCUCAAUAGCAGCGCAAGGAAGCCAGGGGGUGCGGCAGCUACUGUGGUGGCCGAUACCGUACAGAGUACUACGUCUCUCUCGACGCCAAAAGCGGUAGAGACGAUUCCAUCGCGGCCUUCAAGCAGCGCAGCCUCCAAUGGACCUCCUUCCGAAUCUCCCACUGCCCAGCUGCCACCAACAUCCCAGCCCCUUCACCUACAACCUCUCCCCAACGAAGCCACCACCAAGGUACCUCCUUUCAGCUCCUCCUCCUCCUCUUCCAACGCAUCCUCCCCACCACCACCACCCUUCAAAUACGCCUACUCCCCCUCUCCAACAGGCAUCGACUCCAACCUCCUCAUCCUCCUGCACGGGCUAGGCGAUCAUCUGACCCCCUUUUCCAAUCUCGGAAAACGACUACAAGGUACUCUACCCCAGACGGCAGUAUUAGCGCUGCAGGGUGCGCAUCCGAUACCGUGGCUCUCCUUUCCUGGUGAUGAACAGGAAGGGGAGGAGGCAGGACAGAAGCAUUGGUGCUACUGGGAGGCCAUUAGCCCACUCGGGGAGACACUCCCUUUCGCCCGACAGGAGCUGGGCAAGUUCCUAAAGGGAUUUGAAGAAGUUAUGCAAGAGGUCGUGGGGAGGUGUGGCUGGCCUGCGGGGGCGGUGCAUCUCCUCGGAUUUGGACAGGGAGCUACAGCGGCACUGGAGGGGGCGGUACAUUGGGCUCGUAAAGAGAGGAAUAGAGGUGGAGAGGGGAGGUUGGGGAGCAUCGUGGCAAUCUGUGGGGGAAUGCUGUCGCUCCCAACAUUUACUCCACCCCUCCCCAUCCCAACCCUCUACUUCCACCGCCCCUCGAAGCUCUCCACCAAAUCAUCUUCAAACCCUCUCAAUCACAUGCGUCGUGCCUUCCAAAACGUAACAGACCUUCCCUUUCCUACCUCUGCCUCCUCUUCUCGCUCUGGAAUGCAAGGAGGAGCAGACGAAGAGGGAGAGGAAGAGCGCAUGCCCUCUUCUCAAAAAGAAUGGGACGGCAUCGUCCACUGGUGGAGCGAAGGUGGCCGGUGGAGAAAUCGUGGGCAGUGGGAGUUACAAGCGACUAAUGAGAGGAGUGAUCAAGAGGGAGGUGUGUUCAGAGUAACCUAAAGCAGGGCAAGAGGGAGGUGUGUUCAGAGUAGCCUAAAGCAGGGUGAUUUCCAGGAAAGACCUGAAAUGGGAUUAUCAGACAGGACGAGGAGAUUGUCAAGAGUGCUUCACUAGAGGUAUCAGACUAGAGGUAGAGGUAAUGAAAUCGAGAGCCGCGGCAAGUGUAUAUAGCAUUGACAGUAAAGGAAUGGAACGCAGCCGGGGUCAAUGAGGGAAAGGGAAA